CAUUGUUUUACUUGAUCCACCGAAGAGGUUAGUGAAUGUGAUUUAAUAUUAGUAAAGGUUAGUGGUGGUUCUUUAAUAUUAGUGGCGGUUUGUGGGGGUUGGAACCUGCGAGGAGGCGGAACCAGAGCGACCCCCACACUUGUUCCCAAUGAGCAACAUUUCGAGCAACAGUUCUCCUCCAGCUCUCCUCGCUGCCCACUUGGCGCCUAAAAAGCAGAAAGGAAUCAAGAGGAAACAUCUUCAUCCUUCACGUCUGAGGAAUUCAUCCUGACAAUCCAGCUUUCCUUUUAAGACUUCGUCCAUCUUUGCUGUGUUGAUGGAACAUUCUCAGUCGGAAAUGAACAUCUUGUCCAACGGGAAGAGCUAUGACCUCGGAGACGAUGUGGGCGUGUCCAUGAAGACGCCGCUAGAGGAUGAUCAAAAUGGCACUCAAACAGUCAGGUUUGAUGACCCUGAUGGAGGAUUGGAGAAUGAGGAGUUCUUGCCAAGUGCAGAUGGAAAGAAACCUGUGCACUUCACUGAUUUUGAAGGCAAAACCUCCUUUGGAAUGUCCGUCUUCAACUUGGGUAACGCCAUCAUGGGAAGUGGAAUCUUGGGACUGGCGUACGCCAUGGCCAACACUGGCAUACUCCUCUUCCUGUUUCUUCUGACUGCGGUAGCAGCCCUGUCUUCUUAUUCCAUCCACCUGCUGCUCAAGUCCUCUGGCAUUGUGGGGAUCCGAGCCUAUGAACAGCUGGGCUUCAGAGCCUUUGGCAUUCCUGGGAAAAUGGCGGCCGGCAUUGCGAUCACUCUGCAGAACAUCGGAGCCAUGUCCAGCUACCUGUACAUUGUCAAGUCAGAGUUACCGCUGGUCAUCCAGGCCUUCUUGAAAGCUGACCCGAACGCAGAUUUGUGGUACUUGAAUGGCAAUUAUUUGGUCAUCAUGGUGUCUGCCAGCGUCAUCCUGCCUCUCGCUCUCAUGAAGCAGCUGGGUUAUCUGGGCUACACCAGCGGCUUCUCUCUCAGCUGCAUGGUGUUCUUCCUCAGUGCGGUCAUCUACAAGAAGUUCCAGAUUCUCUGUCCUUUCGAGGAGUUCUCGGCCAACAGCACCGAGGUUCACCACAGCCUGAACGUGUCGAGCCUCAGCGACGAUCACAGCCUGGCUCACCAAGACGACAGCCAUUGCACGCCACACAUGUUCACCAUUAACUCCCAGACAGCCUACACCAUCCCCAUCCUGGCUUUUGCUUUUGUUUGCCACCCUGAGGUCCUCCCCAUCUAUACCGAGCUCCGCAAUCCGACCAAGAAGAAGAUGCAGAAAGUGUCCAACAUCUCCAUCUUUGUCAUGUACACCAUGUACUUCCUGGCCGCUCUCUUUGGCUACCUGACCUUCUACGACAAAGUUGAGCCUGAGUUGCUGCACACGUACAGUCGUAUCGAUCCGUACGACACGCUCAUCCUGUGCGUGCGAGUUGCCGUCCUCACCGCUGUCACGCUCACCGUCCCCAUCGUGCUCUUCCCUGUGCGUCGAGCCAUCCAGCAGAUGUUGUUUCCCACCAAGUCUUUCAGUUGGCCGCGUCACACCAUCAUCGCUCUCGUGCUGCUGACUAUCAUCAACAUGCUGGUCAUUUUUGCUCCAAACAUUCUGGGAAUCUUCGGAAUCAUCGGAGCCACAUCUGCUCCUUGCCUCAUUUUCAUCUUUCCUGCUGUCUUCUACAUCCGAAUUGUUCCCAAAGACAAAGAACCAAUGAAUUCAACGCCAAAAAUCUUGGCUGCCUGUUUUGCCGCUCUGGGGGUGUCCUUCAUGAUAAUGAGCCUGAGCUUCAUCAUCAACGACUGGACGACGGGGAGCAGCAAUGGUGGCGGCGGCCACUAGAGUGUACGUGAGUGCAGAAAGAAGAGUCAACUCGCUGAAAGAAACCAAGAUGGCCCUCCAACCAGAACAAAGCUUUGCUAUAAAAGUCAUAACAAGAAAAGAGGAUACGAAUUAACAUAUAACACGUGCAUAAUUACUUCCUGUACUUUACAGAAGUAGGUUGAAUGCAGUACGUGUUUGACAGACAACAGGAGUGCGUAUUUAUAUUACUACUAUGUUUUUAAGGACUGUAUUUAACUACAAUGAAGUUAAUCAUCCAAAUAUUUCUCGCGAUUUUUACACCAAAUGAUCAUCUUCACUUUUCCAUCCAUUUUCUACCGCUUGUCCCUCCCCGCGGUCGCGGGGGUGACUGGAGCCUAAUCUUUUUUUUUUUCAAUUUGCGCUUACAAUCACAGUUUAUAAUAUAUACAUUCACAACAUAAACAAGAAGCAAACUAAUAACAUUAUCAUUAAUGUUAAUAUUUCAACAAAGGACAUUUAGAUUCAAAUUCGGUUAAAAAAAAAUAUCAGUUUGUUAAAUGUGUAAAUGUAUGAUUAUUUCAUGUAUAUAUUGCCAAUGUAAUUUAAUUUUUUUUUAAAAAUCUGCAUUGUACUAAUAGAACCUCUUGGCCCACUGUUUAAUGUGUGAUUUGCUUUUUAUUCGUGUUAUGACAAAUAAUUGAUUACUGGUGAUUUUCAAAUAAUUCAUAACAGCACACCUCUCUUUGGAUUACUGCAAGCUUAAAUAUGCAGUUAAGCCAUCAAGUAUUAAAAUCCUGAACUUACUUUUAUUAGUCUGAUCUUUUGGGAAUGUCAAAUAACGUGUAAAUUGUGUUUGAAAGUGUUUUUGUGCGCUACUUCUCACUAACAAAUCAACUAAAUGAUCGUUUUGCUCUCUAAGGAGUUCAAUGGAAGAUCUUUUGAAGUAUUUUUGCGGUACUGUUAUUUUGAUGAUCACUUUUUAAUUUCUGCAUUUUUAUUGGGUUGUCAUUUUAACACAAACCGCAUGCAAUCAAUCUAUAAAUAGAAAAUAUACACAAUCCAUCCCUCUAAUAUUUCACAUGUAUUUUUUGUGAUUGUUGCACCUCAAAGUGCCUGAAUUUGCAGCAGCUUUUUCAGAAAGCUGUGGCAAAAGUUGCAUGUUUUGUGACUUUUUUUUAAAAAUUCUAUUGAAUCAUCUUGUGAUUUUACAGAUUUCCUUGUAACCUUACCCUGAAAAGGCAAAUGAUUUCAAUAAAAUUACUAAAUCGAUGUUUAAUUCCUAGGCUUAGCAUUGUAAGCAGGAACAGGAAGUAGGUCUGAGCUACAACUACUGUCGAUUGAGCAAUAAAGAGUUGAUACCCCUGCUGGCCCCACUAUGGACUGGACUCUCACACUAUUAACUAGAUCCACUCGACGUCCAUUGCACCGGUCGCCCAGGGUUGGGGGUCCCCACAUCUGCGGUCCCCUCCAAGGUUUCUCAUUGUAUCCCAUUGGGUUAAGUUUUUUCUUGCCCUGAUGUGGGAUCUGAGCCGAGGAUGUUGUUGUGGCUUGUGCAGCCCUUUGAGACACUUGUGAUUAUGGGCUAUAUAAAUACACUUUGAUUGAUUGAUUGAUACAGUAUAUUGUUACACGUUGUUGUUCCUGCUUCGUCUACACAAGAAACAAACAUAUGUUUUGAUUAGACCGUUGAAGUUGCGGGCAUUGGACAAAGUAGCAAAGGGUUUGGUUGAAUUUAAAUGGUGAAUUUGUGAAUUCCUAGAGGGACUGAAUAACAGUUUCCAGUUUCAAAGGAGAAAACAUUUCGAAAAAGGUAUUUUCUACUGCUGCUAAAGACGUUUUUACGUCAUAUCAACAUAUGUAUUUAUGUACAACUCUAUAAUUGUACUUGCAGCUAGUUGGAUUGCUGCUAUGAAGAUAUUUUCACUGAUAAAUUAUGAUGAACACCUCAAGGAAAUCAUUGUCCGUCCCUUCCAAUGUUUUUGCAGUGUUUUUGUUUUGAAGGGAUCAUGCCAAAAUGACAACAAGCUACCUAUUGGUUUUUAAAAAAUGCCUUAAAUGCAAGAUUUAGCUUAUAGAAUAUUUCAAAGGUGCAUUUCCUGGACUUGAUGAUGUUUAUUGUAUCUGAUCAUGUUACAAUGCACUCAUCUGUGGAAACGACACAUAAUACUCUCAGGGCAUUCAAAUGAUGGCAACUUGACAGUUUUUUUUCUUGGAAGACUUAGAUUGGUCAGAUCUAAAUCUGACCAAUGUAAGUCUAGGAGCAUGAACUGAUGAAGCCUACUCGGAUUUGAGGCGAAACGUAUUCCAAGACAAACCAAACAGUCCAGUUGCGAUCGAUUGAAUGCACUGAGAUUACAAUGACCUGGAUGAAUGAGAACAUUCAUAGCCAUGACACAUAAUACGUUUAUCAGUGUCUUUUUUUGGCGAACAAGACGUGGCUUUAUAUAAAGGAUGUAUAUGAAUGUGAACGUUUUAUAUGUGUGAAGCAUAUUUACGGUAGAUUGUAAAGUGUAAAUAGCAUGCACUGUUUUAGUUUGACAAUAAAAUAAUUGGAAAUGUUUUCCCAU